AUGGCCUCCUCAAACUCAACAGGUUAUGGGCCCAGGAGAGGUCUAGUCUUCGAUGGAAACGAAGCGAAGUACGAACUAUGGGAAGUGAAGUUUUUAUCGUUUAUGAGGAUUCAAAAACUUUACAAAAUUUUUGUGCCUAGCAGCGAUGAGGAUGAGCUAGGUGAGGCGAAGAAUGCAGAUGCCUUCGCCGAACUGGUACAGUGUUUAGAUGACCGAAGCUUGUCUCUAAUAAUAAGGGAGGCAAAGGAUGAUGGUCGAAAAGCUUUAACGGUACUGAAAGAACACUAUCAGGGAAAAGGAAAACCCAGAAUUAUAGCGUUAUACACAGAACUGACGUCACUGAGAAAGGGCGAAAACGAAUCCACAACGGACUAUAUCAUACGAGCGGAAACUGCCGCGACAGCACUGAAACCAGCGAAAGAAAUAAUAAGCGACGGUCUACUUAUUGCAAUGGUUCUGAAAGGUCUCCCGAGGAACUAUAAAACCUUUUCUACCGUAGUAAUUCAGCGUGAAAAGCAGAUGACAUUCAGCGAUUUUAAAACAGCGCUACGAAACUACGAAGAGAGCGAGAAGAGCUGCAAUAGUACAGAUAUUAAAGACAACGUGAUGUACGCCGCUAAACCAAAGUUCGAUGGAAAAUGUUUCAAAUGCGAAAAGAAAGGUCACAAAAGUUCCGAAUGUUGGAUGAAGAGCGAGAAAUGGUGUACCAAAUGUAGAAACAAGACCCACAACACAAGGGAUUGCAGAGCCGCAAAGAAGGACGCAGCAAAGUCUAUCACUGAACAACCGAAGAAUCAAGACUUGGAUGAACAGUCAUUCGUAUUUACUUUAAAAGAUAGUCAGGGUAGGAGUACGAAGGAUUCAAAACUUCUCGUGGACACUGGGGCAACCAGCCACAAUAUCUACUCAAUAUAUUCCCUUUGUAAUAGAACCGCCUAA